AUGAUUCUAAACAUUGACCCUAAAGUAAAGACCAACAUAAGACAUAAGUCAAAAAAAGCAAGAGCAAAUGAGAGGAAAGAAAAAGACAUUAGUUCAUUUGUUCGUCCAUUGAAAAUUAAACCAAUAAGUAAAGGAGAAUUUGAAGAUUUUGAUGCUGAAAUUAAUUCCAAGCUUCAAAAAGAUAAGCUUAUUAAGUUAUUAAACCAAUUCUCUCAUAGAAGAAAUAUAAAAAUUUUAUCUCAAGAACAUGGUUUGAAUGAGAAAUUGUUCCAUGAUGUCUAUUCAAGUUUUCGUACUUUCUGUGUCAAGUCAGCAUCAUUACCAGUUGACCUUCAUGUGGUACUUAGUGAUAUUAUACAUGGAGCAGGUCAUGUAGACGACAUAUUUCCAUUUUUUUUGCACCAUGCAAAAGAAAUCUUCCCAUAUAUAGAUCGUAUGGAGGAAUUAAGAAAGAUUAGUGAUAUUAGAACGCCAGCAGAUUGGUAUGUUGAUGCCCGGGCGAUACAACGCAAAAUAAUAUUCCAUGCUGGUCCGACAAAUAGUGGGAAAACUCACCAAGCUUUACAUCAAUUUCUGACAGCUGAAUCUGGAGUUUACUGCGGUCCUCUCAGACUUCUUGCUUCUGAAAUUUUUAAAAAAUGCAAUUUUCAGGGAGUAGAUUGUGAUCUAGUAACAGGAGAAGAGAGAAAGUAUGCUAAAGAUGAGAACAGUCCAUCUGAACAUGUUGCAUGUACAGUAGAGAUGUCAAGUACAGUCAAUUCAUAUAAAGUGGCCAUCAUAGACGAGAUACAAAUGAUACGAGAUCCCCAGAGAGGUUGGGCGUGGACCCGUGCUCUGUUAGGGUUAAAUGCUGAAGAGAUCCAUGUUUGUGGGGAGAAAUCAGCUAUUAAUAUAGUACAAGAGAUGAUGAAAUUAACUGGUGAUACUGUCGAGGUUAAAGAAUAUGAACGGUUGACCAAAUUAACAUAUUUAAAGAAAGCUGUAGGUUCUUUGUAUCAAAUCCAGCCUGGAGAUUGUAUUGUUUGUUUUCGUAAGAAUGAUAUAUUUAAUAUCAGUAGAAAAUUAGAGAUGAGUGGAAGAGAGGUGGCAGUAGUGUAUGGAGCAUUACCACCAGGAACGAAAAUAGCUCAAGCUGAGAGAUUCAAUGAUCCUGAAGAUCCAUGUAAAAUCAUGGUGGCUACAGACGCUAUAGGAAUGGGAAUCAAUUUGUCUAUUAAACGAAUAGUGUUUAGCUCCUUGGUAAAACCAGUAGUAAAUGAACAAGGUGAUAAAGAGUUAGAUGUAAUAAGUACAUCUCAGGCAUUACAGAUAGCUGGUAGAGCAGGUCGAUAUGGUUCAGCCUAUAGUGAUGGGGAGGUAACAACACUGUAUGACCAGGAUCUACCAAUAUUGCUCAAUACCUUAAAGAAACCUAUAGAGGAAAUUAAGAAAGCUGGCUUACAACCUACCAUUGAUCAAAUAGAAAUGUUUUCCCACUAUCUACCACAAGCUACUCUCUGUAAUCUCAUGGAUAUAUUUGUCAGCACCAGUUCCAUAGAUUCUGAUAAUUUUUUUCUCAGCAACAUGGAGGAUUUCAAAUUCCUAGCUAAUAUUAUAGAACACAUUCCACUAGAGUUGAGAACCAGAUAUGUCUUUUGCUGUGCUCCCAUUAACAAAAGGUCAAAUUUUGCCUGCUCUUCAUUUCUGAAGUUUGCCAGAAGGUUUAGUAGGAAUGAGCCUGUAAGCAUCGAGUGGUUGUGUUCACAUAUUGACUGGCCAUGUAAACUUCCUUAUACUAUCAGUGAGUUGGAACAACUAGAGAGUGUGUAUGAUACUCUAGACAUGUAUCUAUGGUUAAGUUAUCGCUAUACAGACCUUUUUCCAGAUAAGAAUGAGGUACGUGAAAUGCAGAUGGAACUUGAUCAACUGAUAAGGGAAGGUAUUCAGAAUGUUACGAAACUUUCAAAUAAAUCAACAGAAGUAUCAGAGGAAGUUCAAGAGGAUAAAACUGUGAAAAGUGAAAGAAAUUUGGACGAACGUUUCGGAAAAUUAAGUCAAGAAUUAAUAAGAAAGGGUAUUGUUACCCCAGAACAAUUAGAAAACAUUUUAAAAGAACCAAAAGAGGAUUCCUGA